UUUUCCUACAUGGCAUCAUGAUUCAUGACUCAUCUUGUCCAUUCGCCGUGAAAAUUUUUCUUUACGUUAUCGAUUCGAUGCAGUCACGCUCACGCUUAUAGAUAUGUUUAGUGUAAUAAUUAUUGAUAAUAAAUAAAGUUAGACAAUCAAUAUUCAGUAUCAGUAGUUGAAGACUUGAAGUAGUAUACCCAAUUUGAAGUUUUGAACACGACUUGUAAGCGGGCCAGCAGGCGGAACCGGAAUGGGGAAUUGCUGCUCCGACGCCGCCGCCGCCGGUCAGUCGGCGCUAGGCGGCAAUAGGAGUUUCCGAGCCAAUCCAGCAGAUGCUGCACACGACGCCGUCGAUGCCUUCCUCAAGUCUCGCGGUUACCAAGGCCUCUUCUCUCAGAUCGAGUUAUCUUUAUCUGCUUCAAAUUUGAGUGACCGUGAUGUGCUUUCCAAGAGUGAUCCUAUGGCAGUUGUUUAUACAAAAGGGAAAGAUGGCUCACUUCAAGAGCUGGGCCGUACAGAAGUAGUUUUAAAUUCAUUGAAUCCCAAAUGGAUUACGAAGUUUACUAUGACAUAUCAAUUUGAGAUGGUUCAAAAUUUGGUGUUUCAUGUGUAUGAUGUUGACACACAUAUUCAUCAUCAAGAUGUUAAGAUGCUUAAACUGGAGGAGCAAGAUUUUCUUGGUGAGGCCAGUUGCACAUUAUCUGCGAUUGUCACAAAACCAAGCAGAUCUAUAACCUUAGAUCUUUUGGACAGAGAAAAAUCUUCUGCUACAACACAUGCCCAAAGAUUUGGCAAGCUCACUAUUUGUGCAGAGGAAAGUGUCACCUCAAAGACUACAGUAGAGUUGAUAUUUAGGUGUUCAGAUUUGGAAUCCAGGGAUUUGUUCUCAAAAAGUGAUCCUUUUCUAGUGGUACUCAAAACCACUGAGGGCGGACAAGCUGUUCCUAUUUGCAAAACUGAAGUUUUGAAAAAUAACCACAGUCCAAAAUGGAAACCAGUUUACUUGAGUAUUCAACAAGUUGGAAGUAAGGACAGCCCAUUGACUAUUGAAUGUUACGACUUCAAUAGCAACGGAAGACAUGACUUGCUUGGAAAGGUUCAAAAAUCACUCUCAGAGUUGGAAAAAUUACAUGCUUCCAGGGCAGGGGCAAAUUUCUUUAUACCCACUACUGUUGGGACAUCACAUCAGAACAAGGUUAUAAAGAGUCAGCUGUUUGUUGAAAAGUUUUCUGAAAAAAUCCAGCAUUCCUUCCUUGAUUACUUGGCAUCAGGCUAUGAACUUAACUUCAUGGUGGCCAUUGACUUUACUGCUUCAAAUGGAAAUCCACGCCUAUCUGAUUCACUGCAUUAUAUUGAUCCUUCAGGACGUCCGAAUGCAUAUCAAAGAGCAAUCACAGAGGUUGGAGGAGUAUUGCAGUUUUAUGAUUCAGACAAACGCUUUCCUGCAUGGGGAUUUGGAGCACGACCAAUUGAUGGUCCAGUCUCCCAUUGCUUCAACUUGAAUGGAAGCACUAGUUACUGUGAGGUUGAAGGAAUCCAGGGAAUUAUGAUGGCCUAUACAAAUGCCCUUUUCAAUGUAUCACUUGCUGGACCAACUUUAUUUGGACCAGUGAUAAAUGCAGCAGCACAGAUAGCUGGUGAAUCUGCAACUAGAAAAGAACAAAAGUAUUACAUCUUAUUAAUAAUCACGGAUGGAGUCAUAACUGAUCUGGAAGAGACAAAGGAUGCCAUUAUUAGGGCAUCAGAUCUGCCAUUGUCAAUUCUUAUUGUUGGAGUGGGAGGAGCUGACUUCAAGGAAAUGGAGAUAUUAGAUGCCGAUAAAGGUGAUAGACUUGAAAACUCAUUUGGAAAGGUUGCAUCCCGCGAUAUUGUUCAAUUUGUCCCAUUACGAGAUAUGCAAAGUGGAGAGAUGUCUGUUGUUCAAUCACUUUUAGCAGAGCUUCCUUCUCAGUUUCUGGCAUAUGUGCGAGCUCAUCCAACUGUAUAAAGGCAUGUGCAUUUUCUGUACAAAAAUAGUCAUGUUUGAUUUCUGAUUUCAAUGUGUUUGCGGUGCCAAAGCAAGGGCCUUUUUGUAUUUCGUUCGUAAGGUUUCAGCUCCUUGUUUCUUAUUAUGUGAAUUUUGUUAAUUAAAUAGAUAACGUUAUUUUUACCCAUGAAGGGUAAUGUUGGAUAAUUUUUGCGCUAACCACAUUUGAAUUGAAACUUUUCUGGUAGUGUCAAA